GCUCAAGAGAAUUCCUGACAGUUAAUGUCUCAGACUUUUCCCCGUAUUUUUGAACUCUGAUGGGACCUCGCUUUCACAGCCCUGCUGGUGACUGUGGCUGGUGGUACCAGACCCUCCUGUGGUGAAAUGAAUGCUUGUGUUCCGUGCAUUUGCUUCUCCGUUUAGGUUCCCUGUGUAGCCAUUUUCCCUCCAGCCCUCGAGCUUGCUGACCCUCCUUCACCCCCUCCUCCCCCGUCCUCGCUCCUGCUGCCCUCUGUGGCUGAGGUCAGGAGGUCGUCAGCGGAACUGGGAACUCUUCUUUGCAAGGAGCAGCUUUUUGGUUAAAGAUUUAUUCUGGGCUUUCAUCUGCAACAGUAACUUUGUACAUGGGGUUGUUCCAGGUUGGAUUUGGGGCAUGCAGGGAUGGCCCCAGAACCUCGCUUUAUGAAGCUUAGUGGCAGAUACGCCGAAGUAUCGUGAUGUGAUCUGCAGAACGCAGCCGCGGGUUCCUUCGCCUCUGCCUUUGCGGCCCUGGUGCUCUGUCCCACUGAGCUCGUCAAGUGCCGGCUGCAGACCAUGUAUGAGAUGGAGUCGUCAGGGAAGAUCGCCAGAAGCCACAACACAGUCUGGUCCGUGGUGAAGAGCGUCCUCAGGAAGGACGGCCCCUUGCGCUUCUACCACGGCCUCUCCAGCACCUUACUCCGAGAGGUGCCCGGCUAUUUCCUCUUCUUUGGUGCAUCAGGGAGAUCGAAGGAUGAGCUAGGCCCUGUCCCUUUGAUGUUAAGCGGUGGAGUUGGUGGGAUCUGCCUCUGGCUUGCUGUUUACCCAGUGGAUUGUGUCAAAUCCAGAAUUCAAGUUCUUUCCAUGUCUGGAAAACAGGCAGGAUUUAUCGGAACCUUUAUAAGCAUUGUGAAAAAUGAAGGAAUAACGGCCUCAUAUUCUGGACUGAAACCCACAAUGAUCCGAGUGUUCCCUGCCAAUAGGGCACUCUUUCUGGCCUACGAAUACAGCAGGAAGCUGAUGAUGAGCCAGUUCGAAGCCUACUGAAGUGUCCUGGCAAAACGAAAUCCAAGUCUAGGCACGUGAUCACGACAGUUCAUCUCAGGGUUUCAUGGAGUACAAGACUAAUGGGGAAUUAUUUUGGUUUCAUAGGAGUUCUGUUUUUUUGGUCUUCCCUUAUACUCUAAAUCUUAAACUUUGUGAAAAGGGCCUCCAUUUUAUCCUAUUAAUUUCUGCCCAUAAUCGUUCUGAAAUUGAACUAAGUUGCUGCUCUUGUCCUUGAUGGGACAUUUAGGGUGAGCCGCCGGCCCUGUACAGGAUCUGAAAGGCUAAAUAUAGUUCUUUCGGGACUUUUCGUAAACCUGUAUGUGUCCGUGCAGCUUGGUUACAUGUUAGAAGGUGUCAUUUGGUUCCAUGUUUAAUUCUCAGAUCUCACCAGAAAAACUCUGAGGUAAACAUGUUUCAUGAAGAUGACUAUGAGUGAUUCCUUACUCUAGAUGUAGGCUUUUAGAACCUUAGUACAUGCACUAUCCUAAGUAGCUGAAGUUCAGUUUUUCUGUGGUGCUUGACAACUGAACUAUCUGUGUAGAUUUUGUAGAGGAGAACAUAUCUGCAAACUGGUGUGGCUUCCAUGUUCACGAUUUAAGUUAGGGGUAAGCCUCUUGGACUUUCCCAAGAUGUUGUACUGUUAAAAUAGUGCCAUUCACUUCCUAGGUGGGAUCAUCUUGUGCCCCUGACACAUUGUGAGGUGUGGUGAGAGCAGCACGCCCCUCACCUGUGCCAGCUCCCCUUCUCUCCCAAAGAACUCCCCCUCUGCUGGGCCUUAGGUUGAGGGAGGUGCUGAGGGGAGGGGGCCCUGCUGCUGUGCUUUGUGAAGGCCCAUGACCGCCAGCAGGCCUGCUCUUCCGUCUCUGGGUCCUGGCCUGGGUAGGAUUGAAGAUUAUUUCUUUGGACCGUCUAUGGCCUGCUGAUGCACUUUGGCCCACUCACUCACUCACUGCCUCCACCGACCAGAAACACUUCCCGGGAGCAGAGUGCCAAAGCCAAGAGAAGCCCUUGUUCGCUGUCUGGUGCCUGAAGGACAGUGCUCAUGGGCAAGGUCCUCUUUCGGAUGGAACUGGACAGAACCGAGGGCUUCUCCUCCACAGUGAGUGAUGUUGGGGUGACCCCUUUGUUUUCAUUUAUCUCAGGAUCGCUAACUGCCAUGUUUCUUAUUGGGUUGGAGCCUUUUACAUUUGGUACUGGCAGUCCGUGGAUUUUCAGGAUUGUAUAUAGGGGGUGACUUUACAAAGCAAUGAAAUAAGCCAAGUAAUUUUAUUUAGCUAUGCCAUACGAAUGCACUAACCACCACCACAAAACUCCAGGUCACCUGGUGGAAGAGGGUCCCUUCUUGUCCCCACUUAGGCAAGCCUCAUCACACUGUGCUGCUCCAAGACCAGCAAGGGCUCUCUCAGAAACCAGUGUUCUUAAGCAGGGUGACGCUGCUAACAUCUGU